AUGAUCAGCGCCGUUUUCAUCUACAAUGCCAUUGGCGACGUGCUAAUGGUCAAGUUCUACAAGGAUUCGGUCAAGCGAAAUGUCCUGGAUAUUUUCCGGCUCCAGGUCAUCACUCCUUCGACCCGUACGUCUUCUCGCGAAACGGUACUGCCGGUGUUAACCUUGGGCUCUACAUCUUUUCUCUAUGUCCACACGGCCCACCUUUGGUUUGUGGCUGUAACGCGCUCGAACCAGGAUGCUCUGGUGGUGAUGGAAUUCUUGGAGUCGCUUGUCGCGUUGUUUGAACAACUUUUCGCUUCCAACUCGUCGCGUGCAUUGACUGAAGACGACAUCACUGCAAACUUUGCCGACAUUUAUGAGGUUCUUGAUGAGGUGGCAGAUUUCGGAUUCCCAACAAAUACAGAAGCGGCCCAUGUGGCAUCUGUGGUGCCUGGUCUCCGGAUCGGCGCACCCCGCUCGCGCUCCGUGGCUGAUUCCAAUAACCAUGGGAGCUCCAAACCUUCGGAAAAAUCGAUGAACGACCCAGCCUAUGACAUCAGUAAAGUGCCUUGGCGUGAGCAGGGUCUCAAGUACCGCCGAAACGAAAUCCAUUUGAAUGUCGACGAAAAAGUUCAUGUACUCAUCGACGCCCGUGGUCAGGCUCUUCGGCUGUACAUUGACGGCACCAUAACCAUGAAGACCCGGUUGUCUGGAAUGCCCGUGUGCCGUUUUGGGCUUGCUGAUGAACGUGACGACGCAUUGGGCUCUGUCUCUUUGGACGACUUCAAGUUCCACCAAUGUGUUGAUUUGGCCAUGUACGACUCUGAGCAUGUCAUUCGUUUUGUUCCUCCAGAUGGCACUUUCCAGCUCAUGUCAUACCAUUUGGCUCGCCGUGGUAGCUUGCCAUUUUCGUUGAUUCCACGCGUUGACGAGCUUCCGGAUAAGCUUUGUCUCACGUUGCAUAUUCGUUCGAAUUACCCGCCGAAAACAUUGGCAACUGGAGUUCAAAUACGUGUUCCUGUUUUCAAAAAUGUCGGCCGUGUAACUGCGCACGCUUCUGUGGGGAAAGCGCAAUUUGACCCAGAAACCUCUGCCGUCGUCUGGCGACUCAACAAAGUGCAUGGCGAGACUCAUGGCCAGUUGUCUGUCGAAAUGCCAUAUGGAGAAGGCUUUAGUGGAUGGUCUCGACCACCUAUAUCCAUGGAUUUCAAGAUGGAUACAUACAGUGCCAGUCGUCUUGCAGUUCGGUAUUUGAAAGUAGUGGAAAAGGCCAAUUACAGAACUGUCAAAUGGGUCCGCUAUACUACACACGCAGGUUCUUACGAGGUUCGUUUCUAG